AUGACGCAAGAGGAUCACAACAAUCGCUUCGACGAGGGGCUCCUAUCCAGCGGUGACACCACGGAUAACGAGGACGUUGUUAUAAGAAAUGACAGAGCGAGCGUUAAAGAAAUGAUAUUACGUUUCGAACGGACAGCCGUAAGCAAGUAUGGUGGCUCGAGCGAAUCCCUGGAGAAAUCCAAAGACUGUAUAUUAGGAAGCUUGACAAGUGUUGUUAAUCCGUUAAACCUGCACUUUCAACAUUUAUGCCCAGUGACUAAUUCCCAAGAUAGGCAUUCGAAUGUUUCAGUGAAUUCAAUUUUAUCAAAUGUUUCGGAAAUUAGUUAUGAAUCGAGUUCAUCGGGAUUCGCAUCCGAUAGGAAGUCGUCGUCGUUGAAACCUCAUAGACCCGCACCACCACCGCCAGAACCCUUUAACGACAGUUCAUCUAUAGACAGUAAGUCACCUGUACCGGAAGAAAUGAUGGCAAAGGAUACGCAGUAUUCAUUCUCGACGCCGCCUAGUUCUCCGAUUGUACUAAGACGUACAAGACAACCGCCAGUUAUGCGAAGGAAAUCGACCAUUGGAGGCCAAGGGCACACAGGAGAAACCCAUUGGUCUUAUGGUGUUAAACAAAGUGAUUUAGAAAGGUUACUGCGACUUAAAACUUCUGAAGUGUCCGAUAAUGAAGAAGAGACAAAGAACGGGAGUGCUUCGUCAUCGACUGAUGAUAACAGCAGUGAUGAUACCAAUGACAGUGACAACAUUAAAUCCGGAGAGGAAUAUAUAGUUAAUACUGAGGGUGGUAGGACCGAUACUCUGUCGACCGACCAUUCAACAGAUACCCUAAUUAAUGAGUAUGAAAGUGAUGAAGGUGACAAUUUGUCGGAUGCAUCUGGUGUAUCUGCGGAUCGUUGCAAUUACGACAAUGUUAGUAUUAAGUCAAUAUCCUCCUUUGAUAUGGUACCGUACCAGAAAUAUGACAGCAUUACUGUAUCCUCGGACGAGUUCGGUUCCGAAGUAUGUCAUGCUCCUGACACAGAAUUCCUCACUGUUAGUGCAGUGAACGAAUGGUGUGUUACAAAGUCUGCCGAACCGGUCUUACCAGUGGAAUCUAAAAAGGAGAAAUAUCGAAGACGACUGACUGAACGUGUUAACGAGUUGUUACACACAGAAAACGUUUACGUGGAACGUUUGAAACACGUUGUUGAAGAUUACAUCCCCGAGAUGUGUCGGGAAGAUAUACCGCCGACGCUCCGUGGGAUGAAGCCAGACAUUUUUGCCAACAUUGAACGCAUAUGCCGAUUCCACGCCGAGGAAUUCCUCCCAGCGCUGAGAGAUUGCGAGAAUGAUCUCAGGAAAUUGGGCCAGUGUUUUAGGAGAUUCGAGCAGAGGUUUAACAUGUAUGUAAUGUAUUCUAGAAAUAAUAAGAGAGCUACGAGACUGGUUUAUGAACACAAGCAAUUUUUCCAGGCGAGGCAAUUAGAAUUAGGUGAUAGAUUGGAUCUAUCCAGUUACCUGUUAGAGCCGGUGCAAAGGAUACCACGCUACAAACUCUUUUUGGACGACCUUGUGAAAACCUAUACAAAUUACGAGAGUGAAAGGUGUGAAUCGGACUCCAGAAUAUCGAAACUGAGUGUUGACAGUGACGAAACGGGUGGAAGUAAUGGAGAGUCUUCCGACAGUGACGAAACGCCUUUGGAAAGUUUGAAGCUAGCGAAGACUAUGGUCGAGUGCGUUCUAACGGCGGUUGAUGGCAUUAUGGCGUUGGAGAAUAUCAGAGACUGCCCGCCUCAUUUAAAUUUACUUAACCAAGGACGGCUACUGCGGCAAAACGAGUUUUACGCGAUGGACAGCGCUAGGCGGCGGAGGCAGCUCAUGAGGAUAUUUCUAUUUGACAAGCUUGUGCUCAUCACAGCGGUGUACAGGAAGCAACUGACAGUGGAGUUUUUUAUAUACAAGGAUCACAUUCCCGUCGAUGAUCUUGGCAUUACGGCGAAGGAGCACGACCAGCACAAGUUCACGAUUUGGUAUAAGAAGCGAAACUUGAAAUCAUACAAAUUGGAGACUAGAGUACCUGAAGUGAGGAACUCGUGGGUCGAGGAGAUAACGUCUCUGCUUUGGGAACAAGCGAUGCAGAAGAAAGAACUUCUUCUCCAGCAGCGAAAUAAGAGAGUAUCAAUGGUUUCAAUGAACAGCCAAGAAUCGUCGGAAACCGAAAGAAGCGAUGACAAAUAUAAUUCCCUUCGCGGGGUGCCGGGUGAAGUUCGUCGAUCUGGUGAGAAGAAAAUAAGGAGGACUACAUGGUAUUGCGAG